CAUUUUGGCCAUCCUUUUUUUUCAUAAACGAAUACAGUGUGUGUGUGUUUGUGUUGUUCAUCAUCGGUAUUGGCUUUUUUCAUCAUAAUUAUCAUCAUCGUCGUCAUCAAUGAUAUUCAUCGAUAUAUCCUCGCGCGCACCCAUCAUCAUCAUCAUCAUCAUCAUCAUCACAUUCGCAUAGUUGACAAUACACAUACAUAACAGUUUCAUUCGAGGCGUCAUUACUUAUAGACGCCUAUGAAUUUUUUCAUUUUUUUUUUCUCACUAUUUGAUUUUCGAUUUUGUGACUGUUCAGGAUUGUAGUGUUUACCAAGACAAAAUUAAAAAAAAAUUGAAUAUUUUUGUUUGAAUCUGUGAUAAUUUCAUCAUUUUUCUUUGGAACUAAAUUUUUUUCCUAUUUCUGUUUGUUCAUUGUUUUUUCUUUUGUCUGUCAUUUUAAUUGAUCGCAUUUUAAGUAGUAGAUUAAGAGAAAAAAAAAUGGAAUUCUGGAACGUUUUACCAUCUCGGCUAUUUGAUCAUUUCACAACGGUCACCUUAAAUAGCCUUAAUUCAUCUUCAUCGACCACAUCAUCAUUGUUAAUCGAUACGACACAACAACAAUCACAAACAAUAUUGUCAAAUUCAAAUCAACAAUCAAUAAACAAUAAUAAUAAUAUGUUUCAACGACAAAGACAUUUUAAUUCUAUGGAUAGUAAUUGUCCUGUCUGUUUAAAUCCAUUCCUAUUGCCUGUCGAAACAAAUUGUGGUCAUUUAUUUUGUGGUCAAUGUAUAGUUGUUUAUUGGCAACAAUCACAAUGGCGUGGUGGUCCGAUAAAAUGUCCUGUAUGUCGACAACAAGUGAACAUUUUAUUACCUUGUUUUCAACUUAAUAAUAUUAAUCAAAAUGUUAAUAAUAAUUCUAUGGUAUCGAAUUCAAAUACUGAAUCAACAACGUCAACGACAAAUGGAGAUUCAUCAACUGAACAACAACCAUUUUUAAAUCCGACAAAUAAUAUUGCCGACACAGCCCGACAAGUGACUUCACAAAUCAAUAGUUAUAAUAGAAGAUUUUCGGGUGAACCACGGCCGUGGUACGAUUAUCUAUACGAUCUCCCUACAAUGUUGAGACAUUUGACCAACGAUUUUUUCUCAUUCAAUGGUCUAUUCUACAUGUUUCGUUUACGUGUUAUCAUUUGUUUUUUUGCCGCAAUUCUAUAUCUAAUUUCACCAUUAGAUAUGAUACCUGAAGCUGUGUUUGGUAUAUUUGGUCUAUUUGAUGAUAUUGUUGUUGUACUUUUGUUGGCCAUCUAUGUUACAAUUAUUUAUCGAAGAUUUCUUUCAUCACGUUGGGGCGAUGAAUAAUCUAUUCAUUAUUCUAUUCAUCAUCCGAAAUGGUUUUGUCAUUACUAUUGGAUUAUUGUUCAGCAAGAUUAUUGAGCAAGAAAAUCAAGAAACGCCUUGGUACUUGGAAUUCUUUCCGAAUCCAUUUUUUUCUAUUUAUUGAAAUUCAUUUUACGAUGUUACUAUAAUUACUGUAAAUGACUGAACCAUUCAGCAAGAACG